AUGGAAUAUAUUGAAAUUUUUCAAUGUAACUGCUGCUGUAAAAAUUUCAAGCAUCGUUACUCGCUAGAAAGACAUAUUAAGGUAGUUCAUCAAGGAUAUAGACCAUUUUCAUGUGGGUGUGGAAAAAUGUUUGCUACUAAAGAGCAAUUAGAAAGGCAUUGCAAUAGUAAGCAUACUUUACAAAAGCCGUAUAAGUGCGAAAAAGGAUGCAAUAAAGCUUUUUCUUCGUCAAGCGCAAGGUCUUAUCAUCAUAAAAUGAUUCAUGACCUUAAGAAAUUUGCUUGCCCAAUAAUGGACUGCAACAAGCAAUACUCUUCAAUCUAUCAUCUAAGAAAGCACUUAUCAAAAUCUCAUGAUCAAUUAAUUCAGCUAAUUAAUUCUAUAACUUGAUUUUUAGUAUAA